AUGGCGAAAAGGAAACAAAAACAAGGUCAACUCUCUCCUCGUGGACAGCAGCAACACCAUCAUCGGAAGCAUGCACCUAGCCUCACUCUUGAUGAGUUUAUCAGAGUGACUUCUCCAACCAAGGAGGAAAGCGAAGGGGAUGAUUUGUUGAACAAUACUCAAUCGAAGGACCUCCUAAAUCAUGAUCAGCAAGAAAACCACUCGAGAAAUACAGCCAUUGGUUCUAGUACUGACGAAGAAAUAUUGCAACAACAACAAGGGGAUGGCCACGAUCAACAAUUACAUCAUCACAACAAGCAACCAUCAAAUAAUUCAAAAAUAAUUCUACAAAUGGACAACUCACUGUUAGAGCGAGAGCCAAAAAAGGAACAUCCAAAUGAGGAGCAUACUGAUGUUCAAAUCAAAGUUGUUGCAGAAGAAGAUACACAUCCUAAACCCUCAUAUGACGACUUGUCUCACAAGGUUGAGGAAUAUGGACAUCAAGAAAUGAUGGAUGGAGUACAAGCCUCAAACUCUGAAAUUUUACAAGAGUCUCAAGAAACUUUUGAAAGAGUGAAACAAAUCGUGGGUGCUGACGUUCAGGAGAGUCCUCGUGAUAUAGACGAAGGAAAGGAAGAACAUUUAGAGCGUAAUGACGGUAAUUCCUCAACCCGAUCAAUUCGGACCUCAAACACCAAUCUUGUAGAAGAGAAACAAAAAGGUGAGACAUCUUCCGAGGUGUCACUUGAAAAACAAACAUCAUCUUCCGAGAGUGCCAUUUCCUCCAUUGCGAAAAAAGUUGUGGGAACACUUCCAAUCAGAAGAAACUCCAUUGGCAAGAAAGAUCUUUCACACAUUACUAAAAUGACGCUCAUUACUGAUCGCCCAACCAACACAACCAUUUGCUCUUGUCUGUUGACACUUGCAAAACCAAUUACUCAUGAAGAGCUUCUCAGCAGAUUAAGGAAACGUGUCCUUUCCAAAUAUCCAAGAUUUAGAUCCAUUGUCAGUCACGAUUAUCAAAGCUUCCUUGAAUAUGAAAAUAUUGAUCUUGAAAAGCAUGUUCGCUAUUUGAGAGUACCUAAGAGUGGCAUCAAGGAAUAUACAGCACAAGAAGAGAAGGCACUCCUUCAAGAAUUUCUAGGUAAAAUCUCAAUGGAACCCUUAGAUUUUUCCAAGCCAUUAUGGGAGCUUAUCGUGAUUGAUAAUUGUCCGGCUUUGGGUUACCUUUUAAUGUUCCGAAUGCAUCAUGCCAUGGGAGAUGGAACCAGUUUGCUCAUGUUUCUUUCUCAGUUUUGUGACCAAGGAGAAGAGCACUUCAAGCUUGAAAUUUUUGCGAUCAAAGACCGUUUCUUGGCCAAAGCAGUCAGCAAAUUAGAAUCAGUUCCCGUCAUUGGAUUGAUCGUGAGAUUUUUCAAAUUCCUAUUAUUUUUAUUCGGAUUGUUUUUAGUGUUUAUCAAAUGGAUGAAGCUCUUAAUUCUCAAUGGUCAAGAUAGAAGCGUUUUCAAAACGGCCAUAUCCACAGAAAAGAGAGUGGGCUGGUCUAAACCAUUUGACGUGUCCGACAUCAAACAUGUUGGAAAAACUUUUAACAAUGCUACUGUGAAUGAUGUUGUACUAAAUUCACUUUCUGGAGCGUUAAUGAGAUUUACUGAGAGAAGAACAGACAAAGAGUCGGCAAAAAGAGUGACCUUCUCAAUGCCUGUCAAUAUUCGAAUGAGCAAUGACGAGUUUGAAAAAUUGUCCAACAAAUUUGGCUUUAUACUUGUACCUGUGGACUUGAAAACACGAGAUCCUGUUGCGAGACUCCGCUAUGUGAAGAAAGUGACUGACAAGACUAAAAGUCUUCCCGAACCAUUCUUUACCUAUAAUUUUGCCAAGCUCACGUACAUUUUGCCCGCAGAAAUAGUUUUCUUUUUGGUAGCUUUCUUAUCCAAGUGGAUCACAUGCGUAUUCACCAAUGUUGUUGGAUCGAGUACAGAAUUAAGCGCAGACUCUAUUCCAGUGACAGAAAUUGUGACAUUUGCUCCAUCUCCAGUUGGAGUUGGUCUGGCAUUUGCUGUCUCAUCUUACAAUGGAAAACUCUGCCUUAGUGCCAUCUCAGACGUGUUGACAGUCUCGGAUCCAAUGGAACUGAUCACAGAUUUUGAAAAUGACUUGGAACAAAUUAUUGCCAUCUCCAAAAGUAAUGAGCUUGGCAAUCGUUGA